AUGCUGCGAGCGCUGCGCGGAGGGCCGUGGUGCGUGCGGCCCCCGCGGUGCGUCGCGCGGGGCGUCGUGACCGAGGCGCGCAAGGUGCCCCAGCGCUGGGCGCCGCUUGCGCUGCGCCUUUUUGAUGCGGCCCAGACGCCGACGCUGAAUGCGCACGCCGCCGAAGCGAUAUGCACGUCCGUGGUGCAGGAUACCCAGCUGCAGGCCGAGCGCACGAGGGACGCGCCGCUGUCCCGCGAUAGUCUCCAUGGAAAUAUGCUCCGUGCGCUGCUUACCAUGAAAGCAGGGAGCGUCAAACGCGACGUGCUCGUCUCGGAGAUGCUGCGUGCGAUGUGGACGAACGAGGUGCCGCUCGCGCCGCAGGUCCUCGCGCACGUCGCCAUGCUCAGCGGCGUGCGCGGCAUGCAGCGCACGCGCGCGCUACUCCACCGCCACGUCCUUGGGCACGGCGCGGACGAGGCCGUGUGGCGCGCCUUGAUCGACGCGCACGCGAUGCGCGGCGACUGGGCGCGUGUCGACGAGGCGCUCGCCGUAGUGACCGAGCGGGGCAUGCACUUUGCGCUGGACGCGUACCGCUACGCAUUUAUACGCAUGCAGCGCGACACGCCGACGGCGGCGCUGCCGGCCGCCGUGCACAGUAUGAUCCAGCAGAUGCGCGACGACGGCGUGACGCUCGACGAUGCCGUGCUCGUGGAGCUCAUACGCGCGCUGGUCGCGCCGGUGCAGCGUGCGCACGCUGCGCGGGCGACACGCGCGGAGCUGGUGCGCCUCGCCGCGCCGGCCCACGCGCUGCUCGACGGAUUCUUUCGGUGGCUGUGUGCGCUGGAGGAGCCCGCGCACCUGCGCCCCUACCGCCACGGGCUCGCGGCGCUGCUCCUCGCGCAGAUGGACACGGUCGCUGCGUGGCAGCCUGCGCGGGGCACGCAGCCCCAUUCGUCGAUCCACGCACGCCUCGGCCGCGUGGCCGAGGUGCUGCGCGGCCCCGACGGCCUCUACGAGAGCGUCCGCAUCCAGAUCGACGCGGCGAGCGGCCCGAUGGACGCGGCGCUUGCGCGCCUCGCCGUGUGGAUCGCCAGCGCGCCAAAUGCCGACGCGGCACGCCUGCAGCGCAAGACGGUCCUUGCGCUCUUUUCGCGGGCGUGCCGCAUGGUACCGACACGCCGCCUCGCGGUGCUUUUGCACCUGAUGCGCAUUGCCUCGCGCCCUGCGCUCUGGACCGGCGUCGCGUCGAAAGCGCUGCCCCGCCUCUGGCAGCGCCUCUUGCAUCUAUGGGCACGCAGCUCCCCUGAGCAGCGCCUACACACUGCCUCGACGCACACCGGCUGGCCCGCACUGAGCAUCGCCCUCCCGCUGCUGGAGAGUGCCGCGGCGAGCGUCGCGGCGCCCCAGUCGAGCUGGGCGGCGGUCGUCGACCACCCCCGGCGGUGCCGCGCGAUGGUGUGGGCGGCGUGCUGCGCCGAGCCUCUUGGCGACACCGAGUCCCGCCUCCUCCAGCUCGACCAACUCUUUGUGCGCCUGCACGCGCCCCCCCGCGUCCGGCGGUGGGCGGAAAGCGCGGCGCACGACGCAAAAAGCGCGCGGCGCGCGCUUCCAUAG